AUUGUUGCCAUCACAACACAGCAAUAUAUAAGUGUAAUUUUCUUUUUACACGAAUUAUUAAAAAUGCCACCAAAAAACGACUAUCCAUUAAAGUUUUCAGGUGAAGAACUCAACGGCAAAGAAAAAAAGUUGUAUAGAAUAUCAGGAAAAUAUUUUGAAACCUACCAAACAACAGCAUGGAGUAUAGAUAGUUUUUUAGAUUACUUAGACAAUAAUAAAGGAAACUCCCAUAAGUUUCCUUUAAUUGUCAAAAAAGAAAUCUUUACGAGUUGGCUUGAAAAGAAAUUAGAAUGUGGAAACAUAAGCAGUCAAAAAAAAUCCGACGCAAUCCCUUCCAGAUCACUUAUUAAAACCGGAAAGCCGUGUGAUAAUUAUAUUAAUUUUGAUGAUUACACGGAGCAAACCAUUACAAAAGAGACAGAAGGUACUUUGCGUAUUGAAAUAAACAAGGAUAUUUCGUUAUAUGACGAGCCCGGUUACAUAUACAUUUAUAAAG